AAUCGGUGAGUUCAGAACAUUAAGUGAAUGUGAAUCCGUGGCUAAUUCUAGUUUUUUUUUAUUAUUUUUGCAAAAUAUUAAUCUUUUUCAUUAUAAUAAAUAUAUAUAUUAUAUAUUAAGAUAAAAACAUAUUGAACAAAAACUUGGUUAGAGUGAUUAUAAUGGAUGACCAAUGCCCCAUUAUGAACAAGUCGGGUGAGGUCAUGAAAAAACGUAGUUUAUCUGAGUUAGACAAAGGAACCUCAUCAAAAAAAUAUGUAUAUAUAAGUACAGCUGCAGGUUUAACAUAUCGAUUCACAACCACGAGUGAUUUUGUACGUGAUCAAGAUCAUUUUUUUGUCGAAAAAGCAGCACUAGGUAAGGAUGCUUACCUGGCUAAAAACACCAGUUUUGUGACAAGAUGUAACAGGAUAAGCAAUACGAAAAUUAACUGUGUUAAUGAUAAAUGCCUGGCUAAAAUAUUUAUGUAUUUGCCAGCAUGUGAAAGACCAAAACUUGCGUUGGUAUGCAAGAAAUGGAAAAAUGUCCUUGAUGAUUCUUGGUAUGAUGUCAAAAAACUUGAAUUAAUUUAUUGGCAAUAUGAUGAGUCUCCAAAUUGUUUGGCUAAAUAUUCAACAAGUGAUGGAGGAUACAGUUUUUUAAAAUCACUGCUUAAUAAAUGUGGUCGUUAUUUAACAAAGUUAGACUUGACAGCUUAUGGUAAUUGUAACAUAGUACCAGUUGUUAAUGAAUUGUGUCCAAACCUCGUAAAACUUCGCUUGAGAUUCACCAAGAUGGACGAAGUACUAUUGACCAAUUCAUUUACACGCCUAUCCAAACUGAAAUCAUUAACAAUUAUACAUCAAAAUAAAAAGUUUCUUCCAUACUUACCCACUGUUGCUUUAAUCAAUUCAUUGAGAAACGUUGCUGACACAUUGACUGAUUUCAGUUUCUUAAAUUGGGUUGAUGAAUUAAAAGUCAGUCCUGAUUUUACAGACCUAAUCAUGGAUGUGGUUCGUGACUUAAAGGCCCUGGAAAGUUUGGAACUUGCUGGUGUAACUUGUUCUACAGUUGGAGCCGAUUAUCUGAAGGACAAGAAUAUUUCAUAUGUUAACCAUACUACGGACCUUCUACACUAUCUUCCUAAAUCAAAACCGUUUGAGGAUAUGAACUCAUUGCAAAUUGUAGCAUGCCGAAUCAAAGAUAAUUCAUUGUAUAGUAUUGCCAAUUCUUUCAAGAACUUGAAAUUCCUAAAAAUAUAUAGUACCUGGGUAACGGAUGAUGGUGUAUUAGCACUUUCAAAGAUGAAUAAUUUAAAGAUUCUUAAUUUUCACGGCUGUAAUAACAUCACUGAUUCUUCAAUUAAAUUGCUAAAAAACUUGAUAAAAUUAAAUCUACCAAACAGCAAUAAAAUUACUGAUAAAUCAGUCAUAACAGUUCUUGAAAAUUCACCAAAGAUGGAUGCGCUGGAUGUUCACGGCUCAAAUGUGACUGCUGAAUUAGUCAAAAAAGCAGCAAAUAUAUCAAGAAAGCGAAAACAACGUCUCAUUUUUUGUGUUGCAUUAAUGCCAGAUAUAAAACGAUAUGAUUCGCUAUAUUUUUAUUUGCAUAUAUAUAAAAAAAUAAAUGGAAUACCAACACCUGUACCUGUCAGUGCAAGAGCUCACCCAGGUAGUGACUCCCAACGAGUUCAAGAGGGGCAAGCAAAAGUCCUCCAAAUUAUAAAAUGAAAGACCAUUAAUCAAAUAUAAUAAUCAUAGAUUAAAAAAAAAAAAAAAAUCAAUCGCAUAACUCAAUGGUUCUAUAAAUUUAUGAUAAGUGUUAUCAAUUUUCAAAAAUUUACAUAUAUAAUAUAUAAAUUUUGAAAAUAAUAAAAAAAAAAGAAAAUUAAAUAAUCGACAAAUAGUGUUUGUAUUUAAAACAACUGUUUGCAAUUAAAAUAAUAGAUUUAGAAAUAAUAUUGUACUCGAUAAAAUUUGAAUUAAAAAUAAAAGUAAAUAAACAAUAAUCGAGAAGUUAAC